AUGAGCUCCCAUUCUGGGCUGUGGAGCAUCAACGAAGGAGGUGGUUACAGUGAUUCGAUCGACUCUUUCAAAACCGAUUACUCCAGGUUCUCUGAGGCGGAAUUGUACAUGCUCGAGCUGCACAGUGCCAUCGUGGUGCUCCUGCCUCUGAGCCUGGUUCUGCUUCUGAUCGGAGGCAUCUGUGGACUGGUCAGCUCCCUGGCCCGCAGCUCCAUCCUCCUCACUGGGACGGCAUCCUACUUUUUCUUCUGCAGCCUGCUGACCCUGAGUGGAGUGACCCUGUACAUGGUGUACUCUCAUAAGGCGCUGGUGGAGACAGAGAGGCUGGUGGGGCAGGAGGGUCUCUCCUACAUCCACACAUCCUUCGGCUGGUCCGUGGCUCUGGUCUGGCUCUCCUACUGCCUGGAGCUGUUCACAGGGGUCCUGCUGCUGGGGGCGGCCCACACAUGCAGACGGCACAGCCCCCCUCUGGCCUGA